AUGGUAAAUACUAACAAAUAUUUUAGAACGAUGUCUACUGAACAAAAAGUUGCAGCUCCAUCUCAAAGUUUAUUAAAUGAUAAAUGGGAUGUUGUUUUAUCGAACACUUUAAUCAAGACCGGUUUAGGUUUCGGUGGUGGUGUCUUAGCCUCGAUUUUGUUAUUCAAGAGAAGAUCUUUCCCAGUCUGGUUAGGUGUUGGUUUUGGUUUAGGUAGAGGUUACUCUGAAGGUGAUGCUAUCUUCAGAUCCAACCACGGCUUAAGAACUGUUAAGGCUUAA